CCACGACCAUGGGCAGUACUUGGCGCAGCUUACUACAUAUUUUUUUCAGAUAUUAUCCCUGUGGGUCUUGCUUUUUCGAGAGGUCUAGCCCGAUUUCUAAGACACAUCUGAUUACAAUCUAUAGUGUGGAUUCAAAUCAAAUUUACCCAUGAUUACUUAUUUCAGACUCAGUCCAGUUCAGUCUAAUUCGAUUCAAAUUCAGUGGCAAUUCCAGCCAGUUAGUCUGCAUAAUAAUAAAGGCAAAACUAAUGUGUAUCUCUGUGUCCGACUUUGGAUCCGGCUUCAUGUCAGACAGAACAUGGAAGACCCGACCCUAUAACCGAUAUGAGAACCUAUUAUCAGAUCCAAUCUCAAACUCUCAUUCAAAACUAUUGAACUUCCUUGGGUUUUAGAUCCCACAAAAUCUUUGUUUAAAAAAAAAAAAAUCUGAAAUUGAUUGUUGAAUAGUUGCAUCAAUGUCUCAGUUCCUUCACCAAAGACCCUUGCACAGUCCCUUAUCAAAUCCCUACCCAAUUUCCCCACGGAAUUCAACAUCCUUCCAAAGACCAUUGUCACUUCUCAAUCGAGCAACCCUUCUACUCUUACUCACUCUCUUAGUCUUACUCGGAGUAAUCCUUCCAUGGAUUGGAACUCCUCAAUUCGUGUUCCCAAACACCACCUCCUCUCUCGCCAAAUGGCGCGAUUAUACUCUGUCUCAAGCAGUGUCGUUCGUUGCCAGGAACGGGACUGUGAUUGUUUGUGCUGUGAGUCAACCUUACUUACCGUCUCUGAAUAACUGGUUGAUUAGUAUUCGCAGGCAAAAGCACCAAGAUAAAGUUCUGGUGAUUGCAGAGGAUUAUGCCACUCUUUAUAAGGUUAACGAGCAAUGGCCUGGCCACGCCGUGCUCGUUCCCCCAGCUCCCGAUUCACAAACUGCCCAUAAGUUUGGUUCUCAGGGAUUUUUCAAUUUCACGUCCCGAAGGCCUCGUCAUCUUCUGCACAUAUUGGAACUUGGGUAUAAUGUUAUGUACAAUGAUGUUGACAUGGUCUGGCUGGGAGAUCCAUUCCCAUAUUUAAAAGGAAGCCAUGAUGUGUACUUCACCGAUGACAUGGCAGUGGUUAAGCCACUUAAUCACUCCCAUGAUCUGCCACCUCCUGGGAAAAAAGGGCGCACUUAUAUAUGUAGCUGCAUGAUUUUCCUGAGGCCCACUGAUGGAGCAAAACUAGUUAUGAAGAAAUGGAUUGAAGAGCUUCAAGCUCAACCAUGGUCCAAAGCGAAGAAAGCAAAUGAUCAGCCUGCCUUUAACUGGGCACUGAAUAGAACAGCCGGGCAGUCACCAGGAGGAGAAUGUCAACUUUAAGGCCUACAGAUGAAAAUUAGUUUGUUUCAUUCUAUAGCAGUUUAGCCUGACUUGUGUGAAGCAUACUCAGUGCUUGGCCCAUGACAUCAUCCUCCUCGAGCUGGGAUGGAAAAGUGAAAUUCACUCUAUGCACAAUUUGUAGAAUUAGCUAAGCUCUGUGAUUUUUGUUCUUUGUGUUUAUCAAAUUAUCAUUGUAAAUUCUUUAUUCUUAUAUUUGUACUUCAUAUCUGUUUAUGUUUACCUGAUGAAUUAAUUGCAUCUUUCUGAGCUGACCACUUUUUUUUUUUUUUUUGGAUAAAAUAUUAGAGAACUGUAAGGUUUUAUAAUUAAUUCUAAACCGUAAGGCAUACACCAUCAUGUCCUUCGAAAACCUUGCCAAAAAAUCUGCUGUAAUUUGGGCCUUAAUAAUUGAAAUGAACUGUUAGUUAUAUUUAUUUUUCCAGACUUCUGUUGAUUAAGCAGGAUAUUUGGAUUAGUUUGUUAUACCUGCCAAGAAACAAAAUAUUAUGGAGCUCAUUAAAUGCAUGAUUAAUGAGAAUUAUUACAGGAAACCUUCCAAUCCAGCUUUACACUGUUGAUAUCUACCUGCCAAUUCCAUCUAUUGUGCUUUAGCUUCAAAGCUUUUUUUUUUUUUUUUUUGUCCAUUGGUUUUCAUUUGUUGUGGAAAUCAAUUCCAUUGCUAAUAGCAUGUCCUUGUUCUUGAGGAAGUACUAUUGUGCGAAAUCAAUGGGGCUUUGCUUAGUGUACAAUUUCAUUUUCCUCUGCUAUUGACUCAUUCAGUGUACUCAAAAUAACAAAAAAUGUUUAGCUGCUUUCUGAUUAACGUUUCAAAAAUUAUCUUAAGGCAUAUUAUGCUUGGAUUCAUUUGAUGAUUAUUUAU